GGAUCGGGAAAGUCGAUUUGUUGUCUGAACAUUUUUCAGUGUGGUGAAUGGUCAGCACCCAACCCCAACUGGUAAAGAUACCCACUGGUUUCAGCAAAUAUGAAAUCCAGAUAUAAAGAAUGAUUCAACCUGUGCCUGAAACCAUCAACUUCCCUGCCGAGGAAGAGCAGAUUCUAAAGAUCUGGAAGGAGUUGGAUUGUUUUCAGCAAUGUCUGAAGCAAGCUAAAAACAAGCCAAGGUACACUUUCUAUGAUGGACCACCUUUUGCCACUGGCCUUCCACACUAUGGCCAUAUUCUUGCUGGGACAAUAAAGGAUGUAGUGACUAGAUUUGCUCAUCAAAGUGGAUUCAGUGUGGAAAGAAGAUUUGGAUGGGAUUGCCAUGGUUUGCCUGUGGAAUAUGAAAUUGAUAAGAUGCUGGGUAUUAAAGGACCUGAAGAUGUAGCAAAAAUGGGAAUAGCUGAAUACAACAGACAUUGUCGAAGUAUAGUGAUGAGAUAUUCAGGUGAAUGGGAAACUGUUAUCACGAGGUUGGGACGCUGGAUUGAUUUUAGGAAUGACUAUAAGACCCUGUAUCCAUCUUUUAUGGAAUCUGUCUGGUGGGUGUUUAAACAGCUUUAUGAUAAAGGAUUUGUCUACAGAGGUGUGAAAGUUAUGCCAUUUUCUACUGCAUGCAAUACGCCACUUUCUAACUUUGAAGCCCAUCAAAAUUAUAAGGAUGUUCAAGAUCCUUCUGUCAUUGUGACCUUUCCAUUAGAGGAGAAUGAAAAUGUUUCAUUGGUUGCUUGGACAACAACACCGUGGACCUUGCCUAGCAACCUUGCAGUAUGUGUCAGCCCCGAAUAUCAAUAUGUGAAAAUCAAAGAGCUCUCUACUGGAAACAUCUACAUAAUGAUGGAAGCCAGAUUGGUAGCACUCUUUAAAUCUGAUGCUGAAUAUGAUAUCCUAGAAAGAUUCAAGGGCAUUGCCCUGAAAGGCAAGAAGUACAGACCAUUGUUUGACUAUUUCUUGAAGUGUAAAGAAACUGGAGCUUUCUCAGUGCUCGUGGACAAUUAUGUUAAAGAGGAGGAGGGUACAGGUGUUGUACACCAGGCUCCAUACUUCGGUGCAGAUGAUUUUCGUGUCUGUAUGGAUUACGGCAUAAUCCAGAAAGAUUCAUCACCUGUGUGCCCUGUGGAUGCCUCUGGUUGUUUCACAACUGAAGUGAAGGAUUUUACUGGCCAGUAUGUGAAGGAUGCAGACAAAAAUAUCAUUAAAUAUCUGAAAGAUAAAGGUCGACUGGUUCAUAAUAGUACUUUCAAUCACAAUUAUCCAUUUUGCUGGAGGUCUGACACCCCACUUAUUUACAAAGCUGUUCCAAGUUGGUUUGUGCGAGUGGAGCACAUGGUGGACAAGCUGCUGGAGAAUAAUGACAAAUGCUACUGGGUACCAGAAUUUGUAAGAGAGAAAAGGUUUGGAAAUUGGUUGAAGGAUGCACGCGAUUGGGCCAUUUCUCGGAACAGAUAUUGGGGAACACCCAUUCCUUUAUGGGUUAGUGAAGACUUAGAAGAGGUGGUAUGUGUGGGAUCAGUUGCAGAAUUGGAAGAGCUGAGUGGAGUCAAAGUUGAGGAUCUUCAUCGAGAGAGUGUGGAUUUCAUCACAAUCCCAUCACAUCGUGGAAAAGGUGUACUGCGACGAGUGUCUGAGGUCUUUGAUUGUUGGUUUGAAAGUGGAAGCAUGCCAUAUGCUCAAGUUCAUUAUCCGUUUGAAAACAAAAGAGAAUUUGAGGAGAGCUUCCCAGCGGACUUCAUUGCUGAGGGAAUUGACCAAACAAGAGGAUGGUUUUAUACUCUACUGGUACUAUCUACGGCUCUGUUUGGCAAACCACCUUUCAGGAAUGUGAUAGUAAAUGGGCUUGUAUUGGCAAGUGACGGUCAGAAAAUGAGCAAACGUAAGAAGAAUUACCCAGAUCCAAUGCAUAUUGUUAACAGUUAUGGUGCAGAUGCAUUGAGGCUGUACCUGAUUAAUUCCCCUGUUGUGAGAGCAGAAAACCUGAGGUUUAAAGAAGAAGGAGUGAGAGAUAUUCUCAAGGAUGUCUUCCUACCUUGGUACAAUGCAUAUAGGUUCCUUAUUCAGAAUGUUCAGAGAUUGCAGAAGGAAGAGGGUAUUGAAUUCCUUUUCAAUGAAAACACUGUUGAGGGCAGCGACAACAUCAUGGAUAAAUGGAUACUUUCAUUUACACAAUCCCUCAUCCAAUUUUUCAAAGCAGAAAUGGAAGCAUACAGGCUCUACACUGUGGUGCCCAGACUUGUCAAAUUUGUGGACAUGUUAACCAAUUGGUAUGUCAGAAUGAAUCGUAAAAGGUUAAAGGGUGAAAAUGGAACUGAAGAUUGUGAAAGGGCUUUGGAAACUUUGUUUGCAGUUUUAUUCAACAUGUGCCGGCUGAUGGCACCCUUUACGCCAUUUAUCACUGAAUUGAUGUACCAGAACUUGAGGCACUUGAUAGAUCCAUCUUCUGUAGAAAAUAAGGAUAUACACAGUAUUCACUACCUCAUGCUCCCACAAGUAAGGGAUUCCAUUAUCAAUAAGCAUAUUGAAGCUGCAGUCGCCCAAAUGCAGUCAGUUAUUGAGCUUGGAAGGGUGAUACGAGACAGGAAGACCCUUCCUGUUAAGUAUCCUCUGAAAGAAGUUGUGGUUAUCCAUCAGGAUGCAGAUGCACUUAAAGAUAUCAGAUCCUUGGAAAAGUAUAUUCUGGAGGAACUAAAUGUCCGUCAGCUGACAUUAUCCACAGAUAAAGACAAGUAUGCCAUUCGGCUUAGAGCAGAACCAGAUCACAUGGUGUUAGGAAAGCGUCUGAAGGGAGCAUUUAAAUCUGUUUCAGCAGCUAUCAAAGGUCUUCAGAGUGUACAGUUGGAGGAGUUCCAGAAGACAGGCUCCAUAAUUGUGGAAGGACAUGAACUUCAUGAGGAAGACUUGCGUCUCAUGUAUGCAUUUGAUGGAAUUGCAGGAGCAGAUGAUCAGUAUGAAGCCCAUUCUGAUUUUCAAGCUUUAGUUCUUUUAAAUGUCACAACUGACCAAUCAAUGGUGGAUGAAGGAGUUGCACGAGAGGUGAUAAAUCGUAUCCAAAAACUUAGAAAAAAGGCCCAUCUUGUGCCAUCGGAUGAGAUCACAAUUUAUUACAAUUCUCAACCAAUAGGAGCUUAUUUGGAUAACAUUAUUAAGAAUCACACUGAUUUUAUUUUGGGAACUGUAAAAGCCUCCCUGAAGCCCUACCCAGUACCGAAUUCUGUUGACGUGAUUAUACAAGAAAAAACACAGUUGAAGGGCUCAAAUCUUGAUUUGACUCUUGUGAAAGGAACUUCGGAUGCUGGUGCUCUGCCAAUGGGCCUUACCUGCGCAUAUGUCAAUGUCAAGGUUUCUGUGGAUGGAAUAAAGCAAGAUGGUGUGAUACUACUAGAAAAUCCAAAGGGUGAUAACAUUCUGAACUUGAUCAAGCUGAAAAAUGUGAUUGUCAACAUAUUCAAGCUGCAGGCAUCAAAUCUGGCUAUCUUUUAUGGAAAAAAUGAACUAACAAAUGAUACUGAUCUGAAACGUCUCAAUGGAAAAACUCUGUAUGUGACAGUUGGUACUGCGCCAGUAGAAACUAUUACACAGUCUGAUAAUCUACUCUGCCAGUAUGUCAACUUACAGCUUGUGAAUGCCAAACCUCAAGAAUGCCUGAAGGGAACAGUUGGAGCUGUUUUGCUGGAGAACCCAGUUGGUCAGACUGGGCUGACGUACUCUGGACUUCUUCAUGAGGCGGCUAAAGUGUUUGGCCUCAGAAGCAAAAAACUAAGUUUGUAUCUUGACGAUACCAAUACAAAAGGAAUUACAAAUGACUCGUCUUUGAAAAUGUUAAACACGAAGACCAUCUAUGUUCAUGUUUUGCCAAGUACAGCUGAAUCCUAAGAUCUGAAAAGAUAUUUAAGCUUUUAUCACUGCAUUAUAGGAGUUAAUGGAAUAUGAAUAUCUGAUUUUAAUUUUAAGUUUACCAUGUUGCUUCAAAAGCAUCACUGCACCUACUAGAACUGUUUCCAAAUAUUAUUGAACACUUAUUUCACCAGUUUCAGUUGGUUUAAUGGUUAAUGUUGGUUUAAUUUUCCUUUUCAACCCAAUUCAUGCUAAUCUGUUAGUUGGGCUCAAUAUAUUGGGAGGGUUAUGUCUCAUUCAUUCGUUACAGCUUCUAGUUUCCACAAUGCUUUGAUAUGGAGGUGCUCGGCAAAAAACAGGCACAUUCCCAUGGGUGGGAAGAAAGGGAAUCACUCCCUGCACCACUGAUGCAUCUAAUUUCUGAUUCUGCUAUCAUUCUGUUCUACCUGGUUUAUGGAAGGCAAAAUAGAGACAGUGAAUUUUCUUCCACGUGACUGAAUUCAGUACAUUAGAUUUUAAAGACUACUUGGAAUUACAUUACUGUGAAGUUCUUGAACAAACAUUCUCAUAGUUUCUGCUAUCUAUAAAUUGUGGUGCUGUUUAUUGCAAGUAAAAAAAAAGCACAUUUUCCCAGGAAUUCACAAAAGUUCAUAUUUAUAUUGUGGCUGUAACAGGUAUUACCCUCGAGCAAUUCUGAUUUAAUAAUUAAUUUUGUUUUCAAAGUCGCUUAACAAUAUUUCUUCAUCCUAAGUAGAAGUACCUGCUUUUAGUAGUUCAUUUAAAAACAAUUUUAAAUGAUUUUUUAAUGAUACCACCAAUUUUUUAGUUACUCUGUAAUGGUGUCAUUGAAUUUUCACAAUUUCAGUGGCCCAUGAAGCAUCAUGGUUCAGAUCCUUUGUCUUGCUAAGUUUAUUACCAGCUUUGCAAGAAAUAUAGUGAGUAACAUCAUGAACAGUUUUCUGGCCUCCAUUGUAUGUAGUUUUCAAAAAACAAAUAUUGCCAGAAUAAAAACAAAAUUAACUUCAGACUGUAAAAUUGCUGUGAAAGUCUAAUAGCCAGUAAAAUUAUUCCAGUAGCAAUUACAAUCUCAGAAUUCACAUGCUGGACUUCCUUGUAUUACUUGGUCUCUAUUUGGAUUCAGAUUGUGUUAACUUCAGGAUGCAUUAACCUAUGAAUUUAGAUGCAGUGUCUCAAGAAAUAAUUUUACUCCUUUGUAUUUACUAAAUGGAUUUGCUGUUAUGAAUAUGUUGCAUGUUGUAUUUCAAUUAUUUCUGUAAGCCAUUGUAACAAAAAAAUGUCUGGCUAACUUCAACCAUGAAACUAUGCAAUGCAAUUUCUGACAAAUGAUCAAGCAAUGGUCAGUACUUAAAACAUGCAGCUGAUAAAGUACGUUUUGGAAAUUAUUGUUUGUUUUUAUUAUACAGUUCCAAAUGUGCCUAGGAGUUUUACAUGAGAUUUGUAAAAUCUUAUGGUUUCUGAAAUAAAUAUAUUACUGUUAAUAGCCCAUUGGGAAUGCAAGUGAUUCUGAGCUCUCUGGAAAAAAAAAACAAGCUGAAAUUGUUUAUGUUGUGAUACAUGGUGUUAAUUUUAAUUAAAGAUUAUGUUGCAAUGUAGUGACAAAUUUAAUGACA